AUGCGCAAAACUCUUAGCCACGGAUUUUCCGCCAGCGCCCUCGGUGGUCAGGAAGAUCGUGUUCACCACUUCGUCAAUUUACUCGUCGACCAGAUCCAAAGGCGCUACACCAAGGUCCCAGGAGACAUGACAAAAUGGUAUAACUACAUCACCUUUGAUAUUAUAGGAGAGCUGGCUUUUGGCGAGCCCUUCGGUUGUCUCGAAUCUGGUGAAUCGCAUUACUGGAUUGAUAUCCUCUUUGCUUCGAUCAAGAACAUCAACUUCAUGAGAUCGUUUGAGUAUUCGCCGUUCUUACGGACUCUGUUGAGGGGCGCACUCAACUUGAAGCUUUUGCCACGCAGAGUCUACGCUCUCAGGGCGAAGAUGGCCAAUUAUGCAAAUGAGAAACUCUCAAAGCGCCUGGCCCACCCUCCCGAAAGGAUGGACUUUUUGCACAAGAUGAUAAGUGAAAGGAAAGAGUGGACUGGCUUUCAUUUUGGAGAGCUUCAAUCCCAGGCCACUCUCCUAACAAUUGCUGGUAGCGAGACCACCGCCACAGCUCUAUGUGGUAUCACAUACUUCUUGUGCCGCGACAGUCGAGCAUACAAGAAACUGAGCAACGAAAUAAGAGGAGCGUUUGCCGACUAUGAGGAGAUUACGGGUCGCACCACCGAACACCUUCCGUAUCUCAAGGCGGUCAUCGACGAGGGCCUCAGACUGUAUCCGCCAAUCGCCGCCGGCCUGCCCCGGGUCAGUCCUGGAGAGAUCGUAGACGGCCACUUCGUUCCAAAAGGCACGAUUGUGUCGGUCAACACAUGGGUGGCCGGACAUGUCGAGGCGAAUUUCCACGACGCGUUCGCAUUUAUCCCCGAACGAUGGCUGGAUCAAGAGUGCAAGGACGACAAAGAUGCCAGUCAGCCUUUCCUCCUCGGAGCCAGAGUUUGCUUGGGCCGCCAUCUCGCCCUACUUGAGCUCCGCCUCAUUUUGGCCAAAAUUAUGUGGAAAUUUGACAUGGAAUUGAAGGACGACACCCUGGACUGGGUCAAGAUGAAUAAGAACUACGUUUUUUGGGAGAAGCCGCCGCUACCUGUGCAGUUCCAUCUCCGGAGGUAG